CUCCUUUCCUAUCAGAAAUUUCUUGGAAAAUGAAAAUUUGUCGUUAGAUUUUCCGGAAUUCACAGUUCCGUGAGACAAAAGAAAAUAUCGAAACAUUUCCAUGGCCCUUCUAAUCCACUCCCCGGAAGUGUCCGUUGCACCCCAAAUUGCCCAUAACCCUAACCCUAACCUUCCCAAACUCCACAGCUUCAGACCCCACACAAAGGCCAAAGCGAUUGGGCCAAAGCGUGGGGUCAGAAUUUCUUGCAAAGUGAAAGACUUUGCGGUUGUGAAUCCGUACGGUCAGUUUUCGGUUCCAGUGAAGCGAGGGUCGAAGCAGAGCAAAGAGGAGGAAGAAGAGAAGCAGAAUUACUAUGUUAAUGUUGGGUAUGCUAUCCGAAGUUUGAGGGAAGAAUUCCCUGAUCUCUUCUACAGGGAACUUAGCUUUGACAUCUACAGGGAUGAUAUUGUGUUUAAGGAUCCUAUGAACACAUUCGUUGGUAUUGAGAAUUACAAAUCAAUCUUCUGGGCACUACGAUUUCAUGGCAAGAUGUUUUUCAAAGCUUUGUGGGUGGACAUAAGUACUGUAUGGCAGCCUGUUGAGAACGUCAUUAUGGUGCGCUGGACUGUUCAUGGGAUCCCACGAGUUCUAUGGGAAAGUCGUGGUAGGUUUGAUGGAACUUCUGAGUAUAAACUUGACAGGCAAGGCAAGAUUUUUGAGCACCGGGUUGACAACAUUGCUCUGAAUUCACCUCCUCGGUUCAAAGUGCUGGGUGUGGAAGAAUUAAUUCAAUCUCUUGGCUGCCCCUCGACUGCAAGACCAACCUAUUUUGAAAUAUCUUCACCUCCUAAGAGAAUGUAAUUUGCUCAGGUUCUUCAAAAAGUUUUGGUGUAAAUUGUGCAUAGUAUGGUAAACAAAACAUGGAGCUAGAUAUAUUUUAUCUUGCUUGUCACAUAAAGCUGUGAGAAAAAAGGUGUUGUCAGACUUGGUUAUAUGGUGCUCAACUCUGUUGGCAGCAGUUAUAACUUUUAGGGUCAUUGCUGGCUACUGUAACUAGUUGAGUUUUAAAAGCCCUGUAUAUAAUUUAAUUGCUACGUAUCUCUUAUGUCUUACUCCAUCUAUAGAUUUAUAUAAAAGCAAAUUGUGCCCUGAUGCCAUAUUCAUAUA